GAGUGACGGCUUUGGCAGCGGCUGGUCACGUAGUCUUUGCUGGUGAUGAUGGAGGUCAUCUUGUUGGUUGGUCGCUCAUCUCGCGUCGUCCAUGCCUCACCGCCACGAGCGAUGGUGCUGCUACUGACAACACCAUCAGUCAUCAUCAUUGUGGUUCCGUUCAUAAUGGAGCCAUCUUUGCUUUGGCUCUCGUCCCGCCUGUGGGCCCAAAGUGGCUCUUCUCGCACGGUCGUGAUGGUCACAUCGCUGCCUUUGAUCUUGCUGAGAUGACGCCCCGCGGGAUAGACGGCACCUCCAGUAGUGAUAGCGGCGCUCUGUCGCCGAUGUGGCGGGUUGAUGCACAGACGCUCAACUUUUGCGGUGUGGCAGCGGCCGAGGUGCCUGGGGAGGACGGACGCGUGGUGCUGGUGGCGUCAGGCGACGAUCCUGGCGGCAUUGUGGUGUACGAGGCGGAGAUGGCAUCGGCGAGGUGUGAGCUGGUGCGUGUCAUGAUCCCAGCUGACAACAUGGGCAUGUGCAUGGCGGUGCGGCUGGUGUUUGCAGCCUCUGUGCCGCUCGCUGUCGCGGGCUACGAGUCCGGGGCGCUUGCAGUGUGGGAUGCGGCGGCGGGGAGUUUGCUGGCCACCACCAACGCCGCCCCGUGGUUCGGCGAUCCAGUCAUGGCGCUCGAUGUGGUGAGCGUGGAUAGAAGCUCGGAAGAGUGGACGCUGCGCGGCGUUGCCGGCUCGGCUACGGCAGAAGCUGUUGCCUUUCGCAUUGACAGCAGCAGUGGCGGCGAAGCAGCGUUUGAGCUUGUCAAGAAGCGGGCGGUUGCCGACGCCGGCGAGCAGGGUGUGUCGUCGGUGGCGAUCCGCGCUGCCGACGGCAAGCUCGUGGCGCUUGGCGGGUGGGAAGGCUCGCUUAGCGUGCAUUCGGCCAAGAAGCUCAAGCCACUUGCGGUUCUCGAGUACCACGCGCAGCGCGUGUCUGCCCUCGGCUUUGAUGCGGAUCCUGAUGGUGGCGGAUACCUUGUUUCGGGCUCUCCCGAUGGACGCAUCGCAGUCUGGGAUCUGUAUCCUGUGGCGCAGUCGUAACUCGAGACGUAGCCCGAGAGAUCAAAGUGUCGUCCC